AUGUGCAUCCCAAGACCCGCACUGCCCCCGUGCCCACACCACACCUCUCCUGUAAAGAAAUGCUGCCUACCAGGCCAGAAUCGCUGUGAACCAAGGAGGAGGGAAGUCGCUAAAGGCCAAGCCCCAGGCACUGUGGAGGCUGAGGGAUGCCUAGCGGCGCAAGUUACACAGUUUAUCUUUUACCCACAUGUGUAUUUAUUACAGGCAUCCAACUGCCGCCCAAGUUCAGGCCAAUGGAAGAAAAGAGCAGCGAAAUUGAAUGAAACCCAAAAACAAGAAAUUAAAGAGGGCUUUGAUUUAUUCGAUGUUGAUGGGUCUGGAACCAGAGAUGUGAAAGAAUUGAAGAUUGCAGUGCGGGCCUUAGGAUUUGAACCAAAGAAAGAUGAAAUUAAAAAACUGAUAGCUGAAAUUGACAGAGAAGGAAUCGUCACCAUUAGUUUUGAAGAUUUUUUGGCCAUAAUGAGUGUAAAAAUGAGUGAAAAAGAUGAAGAAAUAUUGAAGGCUUUCAAAUUAUUUGAUGAUGAUAAUACAGGAAGUGUUGGUAAGAAUGUGAAACAAUGAGAAUUCUCAACUACUGCUGCUAGGAGUGUAAAUCACUUCAACUGCUUUGAAAACAGUCGGCAUUAUUCGAUAAAGAGUAGCAUAUGCAUAUGUUAUGAUCAGCAUGUAUUCCUAGGAACAUAUGCAACAGAAAUGUGUACACAUAUGGGCCAUGAGACAUAAAAACUGUUCACGGCAGCAGGAUACAUAAUAGCCCCAAACUGAAGAUACUCUAAAUGUCCAUCAACAGUAGAAUGUAUAAAUAAAUAGUUAUAUAUUUAUAUAGUAGAAUGCAUAUGAUAAUGAAAAACCAGAUUCACUCACAUGCAGCAACAUGGAUGAAUUGCAAGCAUAGCAUCGACUGAAAGAAGCCAGGAACAAAAGUAUACGUUCCGCAUAAAUGCCAUUUCUAUAAAGUUCAAAACCCAGGCAUAUCUAAAAGACAAAAUAAUGAUUACCUUGGGGAAGAGGGAGGAAGUAGUAGUUAGGAGGGGGCUUGCAGGGGAUUUCUGAAGUGUUGGUAACUUUAUAUAUCUUGGCUUGUGUAGUAAUUACAUAA